CAAGUGAAGUCCAAAAGGAAUUUUCAGAAUAAUUGAAUUAGCGCAGUGAUGGCUGCCGCUUCCCCGGGAUCCACCGACAAUGAAUAAAUGAAUUCAUCAUCUCCAACUUUUACUCAUUCAUUCAUUCGCCAUUAAUACACAUUCCUCCAUAUUACAGUGAGUUUCAUUUACUGGUUUGAGAGAGAGAGAGAUUGCAAAAAGAAAGAUGGGCGCCGUCUCUCUCAAAACCGGCAACGGAACUGUAAGAUUCAGAAGCCGCCCUUCCCUCUGCUCCUCCUCCGCCCUCAUCAUCUUCUCCGCCAUCGCCACCAACAUCUUCACCCUCCUCGCUUUCACUUACUACUACUCCCCCAAUGCCGUCACCGCUGACCGGAAUCACAUCUCCGUCGUCUCCGAGCAACUCUCCGUCAUCCUCUCGGAGAUCGACUCCUCCCGGAAGAAGCUCGCGCAGAUGGAGAGAGAUCUCCUGGGCUACGAAAGCUUCGAUCUUUCCAGAUCGAAUGUCUCGUCGGGUGAGUUGAAAGCCUUUCUUCUCCCCCACCCACUGCCUCUGGGCAAGGAUUCAAGAACAGGGAUAACUGAAAUGCUGGCUUCCGUCGGGCAUUCUUGCCGGAAAUCGGCGGAUUUGCUGUCUCGUUUUAUGAGCUACAAGGUCAACGGGCAUUGCCAGGACGACUGGAAUCUCGGGCAGAAUCUGAUUCUCAAGGGCUGCGAGCCUUUGCCCAGGAGAAGGUGUCUUUCCAAGAUUACCCCUAAACCCGGCCUGCUACCAUUUCCUGCUUCUCUUUGGGCCUGGAACAAGAACGCCACCAGCGAAAAGAUUCUAACUUGGACUGGUAUUUCUUGCAAGAACCUUUCUUGCUUGAAUUCCAAGAAACUGAACAGGGACUGCGGCGGAUGUUUUGAUCUGAGCAAAGGGUACGAAACCCAGAAGUAUGUUAAACCCAAGGGGAAGAACGAUUUCUCCAUCGAUGAGGUGCUGGCAAUGGGCGGAGGCGGAAUCCGGGUCGGGUUCGACAUCGGAGGCGGGUCCGGAACUUUUGCCGCGAGAAUGGCGGAGAGGGGUUUGACCGUCGUGACCGCGACCCUAAACGUGGACGCACCGUUCAACGACUUCAUCGCUUCCAGAGGACUUUUCCCGCUCUACUCCAGCUUGGAUCAACGGUUCCCGUUCCACGAUAACGUGUUCGAUCUGAUUCGUGCCGGCAGCGGGCUGGACGUGGGCGGCCGACCGGAGAAACUGGAGUUCUUGAUGUUCGACUUGGAUCGGAUUCUGAGGGCCGGCGGAUUGGUUUGGCUGGACAAUUUCUUUUGCUCCAGUGAUGGGAAGAAGAAUGGGGUGACGCGCUUGGUCGAGAGAUUUGGGUACAAGAAGCUAAAGUGGGUUGUCGGCGAGAAGAUCAACGGUUCUGGCAAGUCCGAGGUUUACCUGUCUGCUAUCCUGAAGAAACCAGUCAGGGUAGAUUGAUUGACUUCUUCUAAUAGCAUGAAGAAGAAAGUGAUUUCAAUUCUCAGGGAUACGAAAUAUUUCGAGGUUGAAUGAAGUACGAGAGGACAC